AUGGGUCUCGAGAAGUAUGAAAACUUGCCCGAGGAGGCGGUUCCGUUGACACGGCAUUGUGAUAUCAAGUUGGUGUUGGAUACGCCGAAAGGCAGAGGAGUCUUUGCAGCAGCACGCAUACCAGCACACACGGUAUUAGAAACAUGUCCGGUACUAGUCCUCGACCCAACAGAAAACAAAGACCACAUAGAAAAGACCGAGUUAUAUCACUAUACCUACAAUUGGCCCUACACCGACCCGCAAACACAAAAACAAAUCACCACUCAAGCCGUAAUCUUGGGUCUAGGCAGCAUGUUCAACCACUCGUCUAUCCACCAAAACGUGGGCUGGGAANGAGAUGUCGCCAACAAAGUCAUCGUGUACAAAACUUUGAGGACGGUGGAAAAAGGAGAAGAAUUGUGUAUUUCUUAUGGUGAUAGAUUGUGGUUUGAAGAUGCGGAUGUGGGGGAGGAGGAAGAUGAGGGUGAUGGGUUGGAGGUGUUGGGUGGGAUUGAGGUGUAA